UUAAAAAACAAAACAAAAAACAAAACAAACAUAAAGGGUCAAUCAUUCAGUUUGCCCUGCCCUCUUCCAGUAUGAGGCAGUGGUAUUACAGCAGACGUGGUGACAUUUCUAGACAACACCAUUAACUCUACAGACCUCUCACUGCUUUGGAUUCUCACAGGUGUUGCAGUCAUGAUGCUUAUUGGUUUCCUCUUUCUGCUCUUCCUCACAGGUGGGGUGUUCCCUGAGCGUAAUUGCAGUUAUCAGGAUGUUUUAAACCACCUGGAUCUGACCAAAAACAAUGAGCUGUACUACAUGACCCGACCUGUUAAAAACUACAAACGCCCCACACAGGUAUCCCUGGAAGUACUGCUCUACGCUAUUCUAGAUGUGGUUGAGAAAGACCAGAAAUUCAUUCCUUAUGUUUGGACUGUUGUGAGGUGGCACAAUGAAUAUAUUUCCUGGGAUCCAAACCAGUUUUGUGGGAUUGAUAAUGUUUCUCUUCCUACUGAAAUUUUGUGGAAGCCAGAUCUCACUAUUGAAGAAAUGACAGAGAAGGACAAAGCCCCUCCGAGUCCGUAUCUCACCAUCAAUGAUAAAGGUGAUGUUGAAGUCCAGAACGACCAGGUGCUGGUCAGCACCUGCAGGAUGCACAUUUACAAAUUCCCCUUCGACAUACAGAGCUGCAACCUCUCCUUCAAGUCUGUCAUACACACCGCCAAGGACAUUCGGCUCCAGGCAAGCGACAACUCUUCAGAGGCCACAGAGUGGUCUCGUGAGGUGAUGCGGACCCAGUACGAAUGGCUGUUCAUCAACAUGACAGUUACCACCAACAACGCCAGUGAUUUGGUCAGCCAAGACAUCAUAAUUUACACUAUCACCAUGAAGAGGCGGUCGCUCCUCUACAUUGUCAACUUCUUGCUGCCCAUCCUGUUCUUCUUGUGUCUGGACUUGGCCUCCUUCCUGAUCUCAGAAAACGGGGGCGAGAAGCUCAGCUUCAAGGUCACUGUGCUGCUCGCUGUCACUGUGAUGCAGCUUAUUCUGAAUGAGAUUCUGCCUUCCUCAUCAAACAAGAUUCCACUUAUAGUGGUGUACUGCAUUGGGAUUUUUUCUUUGAUGCUGCUCAGCCUCCUGGACACGAUUUUGGUGAUAUAUCUGAUGAAUAAAGACUCGGCAUCCCAAGACAGCAAGGCAGACAGAAACCAAAGCCUGAGUGAGGACUGUAACAAACAGGGCAAAGCCAACUUCCACAACUGUCAUGGAGAGGUGCACAAAUGGACUCAAUGUGCGUGUAUCUAUGAUGCUUCUACUGGUGAAACUCCAUCUGAACUGAUGCCUGUGGCCAAAGAGGGCAACUGCAGCAAAUUGAUGGAGGAGUACCAUGCCUUGGAGAAGCUCUCAGAUGAGCUGAAGGAGAUGAAUAAAACACUGACUCUGCUCCUCAGCAACAGGAAGGAAGAAGAGAAGCCCGGCUAUUGGACCAGAGUGGCUAAAAGGGUCAACAGAGUUUUCUUUAUUUUCUAUGUAACAGUGGUCAGUCUGUUUUUAACUUUUGUCUUUUUAAAAUGGAACAGUGCAUAGAGAUGAUCAUUGCUACAUAAUGAAAACAUGUUUGAAUAACUGUUUAUUUUAUUAUGACCAGCUAUACCCAGAGCUAAUGAUCAUUUAAUUCCCUAUGUAGAUGAAACAUAGGCGUAGAUCCAUUUACGCAAAUGGCGUACAGCCAAUCAAAUCACUCCAUUUUAAACCAUAUUCUCUCAAAACCAUAACGUCACCGCUCCAGCAUAGGUAGACAGUCACACUGACUAUCAGCCAGACAGUAGCCUGCUACACAAGAGCCACAGGCUUUGAAAAACAACAAACAUCGUCUUCCUCUUAUCUAACUUACAAACAUGAACACACGUCUUGUCCUGUAUCUUGUUGAAAGAGCCACCAAAAGCGCACUGCUUUCAUCAGUUUGAAGGUUAGAUGGCUAAUUUAUUAGCUAAUUAGCUGGUUAGCUGCAGCACAUCAACCUGUGGUUGUUCAGUACUACUGCAAACUGUUACGCUCCAUGCUACCCACAUGCUGGUGAUACUACUGUAGCUUCUGUACAUACUUUCUACCCUGGACACUUCUGUACAUACUGAUCUGCUACACAUAUGCCUAAGAAUACCUGAAAAUAACUCUGGAAGGCAAGCCCCAAGCUUACCCCAUUCAUUCCUUUACUAGUACUGUUAGCCUUUGGAUACUAUCCCUGUGGUAUAUUGAUUUAAAUGCUUUAAACAUUAAUUUAUUAUUUCUGAUACCACCAUGAUACAACAAACCCAAGUGUUUUAUGUAGCUUAAACUAAAUACUGUGGAAGGAUAAUGAAGCAGGCCUCUUUUGGCCUAAAAGGUGCAAAAUGCCUAAGGCUUAAAGACCUGUGAAACUUGAAAACAUGAUACAUCUAAACUAGGUCUAGAUCGGUACUUACCAAAGCAACAUAAGAUUCAAACUUCAAAGCACAACUUCCUCAAUUCAAGGAAUAGCAUAUGGUAUUUCAGCGUAGGAAACCUUUCCAUUCAUUUAACAUAGACUUGACCCUAUCUGUUGACUGUGUGUACACCUGUAGUUUGGUACCAUUUUAUUCUACAUUUAUUGUUAAUAUUGAUUUAUUGCUAAUGAGCCGAGCAUUGCAAACAAAGUCACAUGACAACACUGGUAAUGCUUUCAUUGGAUAGUUGCAUCAUCAGCCCUACUUGGACCCACAAGGGAAACUCAAAACUAAAUUAAUCCUGAUGACUGCCAACAAGUUAUGCUGUAGUUCAAUGUGCUGAUUACAGAGCCUCUGCCCCAAAUCCUUGUCAGUAACUUUAACAAACUGGACACUUAUGUGGACCAAUCCUAACCACUGGUUCUAAUGGUGCUCAGCUCUGUUAGAGCACUUAAUAGUGGUUUUAUUUUUCACAUCUUACUCUAUUGGGAGAUGUGUGCACUCAUAAAAGCCUUGUUUUCCACACACUGGUUUUAGCAAAGCUGAUAAGGAAAUAUGUACUUGCCUGUUCAGAUAUAUUUAGUCCUUCAGUAUAUUGCGACUACUGUUGUUUGCAUGUUUUCCACAGUGCUACAUCUACAUCUAACACAUAUACACAGUAUGAACUUGUCUGGUUGUAUUGUAAAAUUCUAGUACAAUAAUAUGACAUUUAAUAUUUACAUGUCUUUAGCGUGUAAUAUGCAGAAUCUUUAUGUAUCAUACAUGCUCUCACAGGUUGUCUAGAUUCUUGCAGGAACUUGAAGAUCAUUUUAAUAUUUAUAUCAAGUUGUGUUUUCUUCUGAGGCAAUGCAAUGUAAUUAAUGCUGUUUGCUUUAGCCAACGUUAUGUCAUGAUGUAUUCUUUGUAAUAACAGUUCUGUGAUCUGUUGCAUGUACAGUACUGGCUUUGAAAACAUGUAUCAGCCUCUUUGU